CCAAGGUACGUGGUCUCAUGUCACCGACGUGCAAGCAAAAAGUGCAAAACGUGUUCACACAAAACAGAUGCACGAGGAUGCGGUCCAUCGCAAGCUCUUCUCUAAAGGAGAGAGGCUCCCCAAUAAACCAAACCAGUAAACACAUUUCCUACUGAUUCAGCAAAUAGUAUAAAAACAGUGAAUUCAUACCGUCAGCAUAUUAAUUUACAAGGAUGGACGCCGAGGGCAGUGCGAGGCAGGAGAGACUGAUGGACAAGACGAGAUCAGGAGAAAUGUGGUCGUACUUCAAGGAAAGACCUGUGAUCAUCACAUAUGCACUGCUGGCCCUUUCCUUUAUCCUGGUUAUGGUCCUCUUCGUGACUGUCCACUCUAACAAUUUUAAGCCAGAUAAGAAAGUGAUGGCCAGCAAGGAUGACAUUCUCGGUGUCAACAUUACUGUUAAUUCAUUGGCAGAAAAAAUGAAAGAAAUAGAACAUACUGCAAAAAAGAUGGGCACCUGUGAUAGUGGUUGGUACUUCUUUGACCGCAAGUGCUACUUCUUCUCAAACACUAAGUCUAAUUGGAAUAGAGCCAGAAGUUUGUGCGUACAGAAGAACGCCGAUUUAGCUGUUAUUAACAACGAAAAUGAACAGAGGUUCAUCAGCUCCAUAACAGGGAGCAUGCCGUACUGGAUCGGUCUUACUGACAAUGAGUCGGAAGGAAACUGGACAUGGGUCGAUGGAACGGAUUACAAGAAAUCUUACAAAUCCUGGAGCCCGGAUGAGCCCAACAGCAGUGGAGGGGAGGAAGACUGUGCUCAGGUCUUAAAGCUGGGGAAAUGGAAUGACAAGUCCUGCCAUGACACCAACACUUAUGCCAUCUGUGAGAAGAAACUCUGAACGUCCGUCAUCCUUAUGGACAGUCAUUGUAAAUAUCUCAAAUCGUAUUAUUAUACUUUUCUGCAUUCAUUUAGAAUCCGGUGCCUGUCGAAAUACAAUGCGAAGCUCGGUCAUGUGAUGAUAAAACGUGAAAUACACCGGAUCUUGUUAUCUGAAAGGUGUUUUUUUAUUUUUUAUUUUUUUGCA